CUCUCUCUCUCUCUGUACCGGAGCGUCUCUCCGGUUGAACCGGAUCAUUUGAGGAGGAGCAGUUGAUGAUCUGAUGUUUUUUCUGGAUGAAUCUCUCUGUCAUGAACACCUCCUCCUCCUCCUCCUCCUCCUCCUCCUCCUCCUCUCCUCCUUCCUCCCCUCUCCCGGUCUCUCUGGAGGAUUCUGGAGGAUUCUUCCUGCUGAACGGCUCCGGUACCGGCUCCGGUAACGGCUCUGCGUCCUCCGCGGCUCUGAUCUCGUCCAUCUACUCGGUGGUGUGCGUGCUGGGUCUGAGCGGGAACUCCAUGGUGAUCUACGUGAUCUUCCGGUACGCUAAGAUGAAGACGGCGACCAACCUGUACCUGCUGAACCUCGCGGUGGCGGACGAGCUGCUGAUGCUCAGCGUCCCGUUCGUGGUGACCGCCGCGCUGCUGCGCCGGUGGCCGUUCGGCGCGGCGCUGUGCCGCCUCGUGCUCAGCGUGGACGCCAUCAACAUGUUCACGAGCAUCUACUGCCUGACGGUGCUCAGCGUGGACCGGUACAUCGCCGUGGUGCACCCGCUGCGGGCGUCCCGGUACCGGCGGCCCACCGUGGCCAAGCUGGUCAACGUGUGCGUGUGGAUGUUCUCCCUGCUGGUCAUCCUUCCCAUCAUCCUCUUCUCCUCCACCGCGCCCAACUCGGACGGUUCGGUGGCCUGCAACAUGCAGAUGCCGGAACCGGAGCGGCGCUGGAUGGCGGCGUUCGCGGUGUACGCCUUCCUGAUGGGCUUCCUGUUCCCGGUUCUGGCCAUCUGCCUGUGCUACGCGCUGAUCCUGAGCCAGCUGCGGGUGGUGGCUCUGCGGGCCGGCUGGCAGCAGCGCCGCCGGUCGGAGAGGAAGAUCACGGUGAUGGUGACGGUGGUGGUGUCGGUGUUCGUGGUGUGCUGGAUGCCCUUCCACGUGGUGCAGCUGGUGGGGGUCUUCCUGCAGCGCCACGACCCGACCCUCAGCCAGCUGGCGGUGGUCCUCGGGUACGCCAACAGCUGCGCCAACCCGCUGCUCUACGGGUUCCUGUCCGACAACUUCCGCCGCUCCUUCCAGAGGAUCCUGUGUCUGCGCUGGAUGGAGGCCCCCGAGGAGCCCCUGGACUACCUGGACUACUACAGCACGGCCCUGAAGAGCCGCAGACUCAGUGUGGACCAGCAGGAGGAGGACGGGGCCCGGGACCUGCCCCCUCCAGAUCCGGCUCCAGGAUGUAGUCUGAACCCAACCAGCAACCUCCGUGGUUGACCGACACUGACCACCAGGGGGCGCCACUGAGACUGCACACUGACCCCUCAUGGCACCUCCAGGUCCAGACUCAGGUCCAGACUCAGGUCCAGGCUCAGGUCCAGGCUCGGGUCCAGGCUCAGGUCCAGACUCAGGUCCAGGCUCAGGUCCAGGCUCAGGUCCAGGCUCAGGUCCAGACUCAGGUCCAGGCUCGGGUCCAGGCUCAGGUCCAGGCUCAGGUCCAGACUCGGGUCCAGACUCAGGUCCAGGCUCAGGGUCCGAUCUACGGAGAGAGGGGUGUUAUGGGUAACAUUUUGGACGUUGAGUUCAUUUUUGUUAGGCACAUGAAUGUGAUGAUGUCACUGAUGAUGUCACUGAUGAUGUCAGAAGGUGUGAGGGCUCUCCAGUGUCCAGCCAAUCAGAGGCCGAGGGGGCGGGACUCCUGUGUUUAGAGAUUGAUUGAUUGGCUGACAGUAAACUGUUGCUGUUAGCCUGUUAGCCUGUUAGCCUGUUUCUGCUGUAGCUCCGCCCCCUGCUCUGACUCAUACAGGUGGAUGUGGAACUUUGUUUUGGUGUUUUUGACCUUUGACCUCACUGAACGUUCCCAGCUGUGAAAUAGAAAGAAUCAGACGUUUUCCCAGAAUGCAACUGUGUUCACACAGAAGACAGAAUAUGUUUCAUAGAUAUUCAUUUAUUCAUGAAGCUCUGUGAUUGGCUGUGGGUGAAAUGCACCCUGGGAGUGAUCCAGUGUACUGAUCAGUGGCAGACUGCCAGCUUGAGGAUGAGGAAGAGGAAGAGGAUGAGGAGGUGACCUGAAUCAGUCAAUGGAUCAAUGACAUUGAUUAUAAAAGCUUUUCUCUGAUCAAAUGUGAGGAUUUGUGUUCCAUCUCAUUAACUGAUCUCCUGUCAGUCUGAAGGUCACCUCGCUGCUGAUGAACAGGUGAGAGCUGCACAGGAAGUGCUUUUAUUUUGUAGUUCUUACUGUUUGUGUCUGUUAUCUUCAUUCUGAUCGAUAAAGUUUUAAAUCCACAACUUCAACCAGCUGAUGGACCUCUCACCUUCAAAAUAAAAGAAGCAGGGCCCUGGAUCAACCUUUCAUAAUAAAGCGCAGGGGAAAUCAAUCAGUUUGAUUACGAAUUAACACACACACACACACACACACACACACAGGAAGCAGCAGAUUUGGUUACCAUGGUGAUGAUAACACACACACUGAUAACUCGUCAAUAUGAAUAUAUUUCAUUCUUUAUGUGAAAUAAUAAAAUGUGAUAUCCUGUUGUCUUUCACAAUAAAGCUCUGAAAUAUCUGUGACUAAAACAAAUGUUUGAUGAAGAUGUGAGAGUUGAUUGUAAACAGAUACUGACUCAGUAUCAUCUGGAGCCCAACCCGUUGAGGCCCCACUGGACCUCUGGCACCAACAGCAGAUCCAUUAAGUCCUGUACGUUGAGAGGGGGGGCUCCAUGGAUCUGGAUUGAGAUCUGGGGAAUUUGGAGGCAGAGUCAACACCUUGAACUUGUUCCUCAAACCGGUUCUGAACCGGUUCUACUUUGUCAUUAUCCUGCUGAAAGAGGCCGUCAGGGAGAACUGUUACUGUUUACGGUAAAAUACAUCAGACCGGGCCUCCUCCUUCCAUUGCUCUGUGGUCCAGUUCUGAUGAUCACAUUGUAGGUGGACAGUGGAGGGGGGUCAGUAUGGACUCCCUGACUGGUCCCAGACCAGCAGACUGCUCUGCACUGUGUGUUCUGACCCCUUUCUAUCAGAACCAGCAUUAACUGUUUCAGCAGUUUGAGCUACAGUAGCUCGUCUGUUGGAUCGGACCACACGGGCCAGCCUUCACUCCCCACCUGCAUCAAUGAGCAUCGGCCCCCCAUGACCCUGUCUCUGGUUCUGUUCCUUCCUUGGACCACUUUUGAUAGGUACUGACCUCUGCAGACCGGGAACCCCCCACAAGAGCUGCAGGUUUGGAGAUGUUCUGACCCAGUCGUCCAUCACAAUGUGGUUCUUGUCAAAGUGGAUCAGAUCCUCACGCUGCACAUUUUUCCUGCUUCUAACACAUCAACUCUGUUCACUGUCUACCUGAUAUACCCCCCCCCCACACUGACAGACUGUUACUGGCAGUGCUCACUUUGUUUGUGCUGAUUGCUUUAGAGAAAGACUGAUGACAUGAGAGCUCUCUAUCUCCCCCUGGUGGCUGACUGCAGUAUAGACUCUCUCUCUCUCUGUCGCUUUCUCUCUCUCUCUCUCUCUCUCUCUCUCUCUGCGCUCUCUACCUCUCUCUCCCACCCACCUAGAGUCGGGGUCUGUCCCAGGUUUCUGCCUCUUAAAGGACGUUUUUUCAUGGUGGUACUGUUGGGUCUCUGUAAAUAAUGUUAUAAAGAGUUCGGUCUAGACCUGCUCUAUUUGAAAAGUGUCCUGAGAUAACUUCUGUUAGGAAUUGGAGUCUUAAAAUGCCAAUAAAAUAAGUUGAUAAAAGUAAUGUGGACGGACACUUGGUCAUAACCACAGUGAGACAGUGAGGCUGCCUCAGAGAGAGACAAGUAUUUCUUAUGUAUUUCUGUAGCUUGUGGCUCCCUCUGUUGGAAUGAACUUGUGGUGCCGGUUGUGGGAUAGUGAUAAGAAGGACUCUACGUGGACUCUACCUGGGGCAUGCGCUCUACCAGGUGAGCUACUGUGUGUCCCAAAAAUAAAAAGUUUAGUUUUGUGAGUCUUUUACUCUCUGUCCUAUCAGUCACACACCUCCAGGAGCCUCCAGGAGCUUCCAGGGGCCUCCAGGGGCCUCCAGGGGCCUCCAUCAACAAACCACUGAGUGAACCUGAGAGAGAGAUCUGAUCUCUAUUGAUGACCUCGACCGGCAGGAAGUGUUAAUAUCCAAUCAGCGCUCUGCUGCAGAUGAACUCAGUAAUCCAGUUUGUGUUUGUGUGUGAAGGAAUUGGUCUGGUGUUGUAGAGUUACAGCUCAAACAUAAGAUGUAACAUAUUCAAUCUUGGAUCGACACUUUCUAUAAAGUCUGGGACAUUGACGCUGUUCCUCAUUACAAGGGUUUCCUAAACCUCUUCCUGUAACUUUGUUUGUUUGCAUAUUUAUUUGUUGGAAUCUGUCGUUCUCUGAGCUGGAGGAAGGAUUUAAUGCAUUAUUCUCAUUUUAUCUUACUACGAGUUGUGUUGUGUAUGAAACAUCCUUUAUUUAUUUCAAUAAUAGUUAUAUUGUACAUUUUAUUUGUAUAUAUUGUCUCUAUUUUUAUCUUUAUUUAUAUUUGUCUUUGUUUAUUCUAAUGGACCAAUUUAACUAGACAAAUUUUUUGUAUGUGAAAACCUGAUUCUGAAAAAGAAUGAAGAUCAUCACUUCACUGAAGUUGUUGUUAUCGGUGGAACCAGCAGGGGGCAGCAUCCACCUGAGGACUGAAACACAACAAUGAGAGGAAACAGACGGCUGAGCAGGGACACACCAAGCAUCACCAGAGUUUAUCCUUCACUUUGAUUCACUCACACUGUGACUCACAGUAUUCUCCAAAACUACAAACUACACUACGACACAGACGAAUGAACAAAGGGCCACAGACUGAGGGGACCAGGACUGGGGUCAGUUCCUGAUAUCUUUAUUAACGUGAACCAGUGAUGGAUCACACUCACACAUAAAGCAUACAUCAAUAUAAGCCUGAUUCAGGCUGAUGAAGGUACGGACAGAUAACAACACAUGGCCAAAAUAACAUACUGUCAAUAUCUUAGGGACCCUUUGUACAGGGCCCCCCUGUAGUUCACACUCUGUAUACGGUUCAUAAAUAUAUAUAAAGAUGGAGACAGAAUAAAGUAAAUAAAUAAAGUAUACUGAA